GUUUCGUCCAAAAUGGCGGACGAGUUUGGGAUUGAGGAAUUGUUGAAAACGGGAGUAAACGGUACAAUGUUAUAUUUUAUUGGCUUCGUUUAAUAUUUAUCGCAAAUCAGUUAACUGCGUAGGAAGAAGUACGUUGACCCAAGAAAGAUUGCAAAUGGACAUAAGCUAAGCUGAUGUGAAGUGAUGUGGUAAGGUAACCUUAUAAGCUGACAAUAAUGUGCCUAUAAUUGACUCUGUAGUUUUUUCUACAUGUCUUAAACACUUCAUUCAUUCCAGAAAGAUGAUUCUGUGCUUAAAGGUGGAAUUAUCAAGAACUCAUUCUGGUGAUGCGAGAUAUAGAUUUGCAAUAACAUCAAGCUAAAUUAACCUCAGAAUUGGAUUAUAAUUAAGCUUAUACAAUGGAUGCAAGUCACUUUUUUAGCAUUAAGGGCAGCUGAAACUAUACAUGGCUUCCACGGAACAUGGAGACAUGCUUCAAAGUACACAAGAUUCACUGCUUGAAAGCAUAACGCAAAUAGAGAGCAGUAAUCCCAUCAAUAACUACGAAGAAAUUUCAUAUUUUGAGCAGUCACAGAAAUGUGGCACUUAUCAAACCAACUCCAACAUAUCCUUUCAAUAUGAGAAUCAGACUGGAAAGUUGACUGAUGAACCAUUAAGGAAUUUUCUGGAACUCCCUGUAACUGAUCCCCUACCGUCUGAAGCCACAUGUUAUGGUGGGCUACUUUUAGUCUGGGGCUGUGGAGAAUUUGGUCAACAUGGCCAUGGGCAUACUGAGGAUGUACCAAGACAUUAUGCUCUAGAGAUUCCCUUGUGGCUAGGUCAUGACAGGACAGUGACAGAAGUAUCUUGUGGGUCUAGUCAUACAAUGGUCCUCACCGGUAAGACAACAGUUGAAUAAUCUGACAGCUACUAACCUCACUUGAACUUUUUUCUUAAAAUUAUUUUCUCAGCAUCUUGCUAUUCUAAUUGAAAAAAACUAUUUGAGAAUGCAUUAUGGUGAUGUUUUUUAUGACCUCAAACACCUGCAGGUCAGUCAGAUUUGAUUGUUAUAGUUUUUUUUAUAUAUAUUAUAAAUAAACUUAAAACACCAACUGCACCUUUCUAAAAGUGGCUAGAAUUUGCCUACAACUGUUGAAUACUUGUUUAUCCAGAGAAUGGGUUUUACCUGCAACACAGCUAUACUAUUUAGAUCCCUGUGUGAUGAGGGUGUAAAGGUUUGUGGUGAUGCAGUUUUGCUCGACUUUUGGUUCAAUUUUGUAGAAAUUUUUAUGUUAUGUUGCAGUAUUGCAGUUUUACAAAACCAAGCAGUUUGUGAUAUUUAAAAAUUUGGGGGUAAUUUCAAUGUGGUUUGCAGUUUUCUUAUGUUAUUCUGUUCGGUGUUUAUACGUACUUCUGUGCAGUGUUUAUACGUACUUCUGUAUGGUUUUGCAGUAUUUGUUCUUCCCUUAUAUCCCCCUCCUGUAUGUUUUCCAUGUUUGUCAGUUUAUUAAGGUGGCUGAACACAGUUUGGCCAUUUGUGAGUAUAUGUCCUUUGCAAAAUCAUGGCAAGAGAAUGGUUGCAGAUAACCAAGCUGAAACUUGGCAAGUGAAAAAUAUACUGAUGAAAGAUUUUUAUUGGCAGGUAAAAUGUGACGUUUUCGUAAUCACGAAAUGGCCUCCCAUAUCUUACAAAAGAUAUUUAAGCAUCUAAUGAGAAAACGGGACAAACGACAUCUUGCAAAGAUCCAUGAUACAAAGGUCUUAAACAUGUGGUGCAGAAAAAGCUUUGAUCUGCCUACUACCAGUAUGUAGAAGAUAUUAUUAAUCCAUGCAAUAAUGACAACCCUCUUGAGGCCAACAAGCAUUUCUUUAGUCUACUCAACCACACAAAAUCUGACAAUACAGGAGUCCAUCCCCUGAAAAAUAACAGAACUUUGAUAUCUGAUCCCAAGGGAAAGGCUUUGCUAUUAAACACUUAUUUUCAAUCGGUAUUUACCAGAGAGUCACCACUCAGCCUAAAGGAACAUGGUCAGAAAGCAAUCCUUGACAACACACAGGAAGAUAGCUUCCAGUACCCCACAAUGCCAGAAAUCAUCAUUACUCGUGAUGGGAUCAUUAGACUUCUGAAGAAUUUGAAAUCACGUAAGGCAGCUGGUCCAGAUGACCUCGUGCCUGCUGUCUUAAAAGAGCUAUCCACUGAAAUUGCACCUGUGCUUCAGAAAAUUUACAGCAAAUCUAUUCAAACCCACAUCAUCAGCACUGAGAACUACAGACCAAUCUCGCUGACUUGCAUUUGCAGCAAGAUCUUAGGACAUAUAAUAACAAGCUGCAUUAUGUCCCACCUAGAGGCAAAAGCACCCUUUAUCCAUUACAGCAUGGAUUCUGCGAGAACAGGUCCUGUGAGUCACAGCUUCUUGAAUUCAUCACAGACCUUAUUGACACCCCUCAAAACGCUAAGCAAACCGACGUCAUCGUGAUGGACUUCUCAAAGGCCUUCGACAAGUCUGUCACAACCGGCUAUUGUUGAAACUUAAGUAUUACAGCAUCAGAAACAAUACCUUAGACUGGAUUAACAACGUACUGAAUAACCGGCAGCAAAGUGUGACUGUAGAUGGAGAAAGUUCAGCUCCCACCCGAGUUCUUUUUGGCGUCCCACAGGGAUCAGUCAUUGGCCCCUCUCUCUUUCUCAUUUAUGUCAACUAUUUACCCAAUGGUAUAAAAUCAAAGGUCAGGCUCUUCGCAGAUGAUACCAUCAUGUAUCUCACCAUUAACAAUAGUGACAACUGCCAGCAGCUCCAGAUGACCUAACCCUUCUACAGAAUAGGGAGAAGAAUGGCAAAUGCAAUUUAAUACCUCAAAGUGUGAAGUACUCCAUGUCUCCCGUGCAUGCACCCAGAUUCCCUUCACUCAUGUAUUGAACGGUGCUCCACUAACAGAGACUGCGAUGCUAGAUACCUUGGCACUCACAUUUCAAAAUAUCUGAAGUGGAAUAAACAUAUUGCUGUAAUCACGGCCAAAGCAAUUCGCUCCCUUGGCUUCCUGAAAAGAAAUCUGAAAUCUGUCAUCCAGUUCAUUGCGUGAGAAGGCAUAUAUGGGCUUUGUGCGCCCCCAGCUUGGAUAUGGCUCUACAAUCUGGGACCCCAGACUAGGUGUUGAAAACAAUGGUGCCUAUAGGGUGGAGAUGGUUCAAAGGCAUGCCUCAAGGUGGACUUAAAAGAGAUACCAACACACUUCUAGUGUCACUGAUAUGCUAGAUGACCUGGAAUGGGGAACUCUGGAGCAGAGGAGAGCUGACAUGCGGCUUGCACUCCUUUUCAAGAUCUACAACGGACUCCUACCAGUCGAUGCCAGAGAGUACCUGAGAUAUCCAACUCUGACGAUCCCGGCACUCUCACAGCUACAGCUUUGUUCCUUUAUCUACCAGUACCUCCUCUCAUUGUCUCUCAUUCUACCCUAGAACAAUCACUCAGUGGAACUGUCUGCCUCAGUCUUUCUUUGAGAAUACUAAUUUACCUAAAGUUAAACAGUCCAUUUCUUCAUUCAAUCACAGUCCUGUAAACUAGAAAUGUACUUUGCAUUUUUCUUUCUUUUUUUUUUUCGUAAUAUUUAGCUGACCCCACUUCAUCAAUCUUCUGCUUCAAAGGGUAGGCUUUACUGGUAAAUAAAUAAAAUUAAUAAAUAACAUGAAUGAUUGAAUGCAACCUUAAAAUUCCACUUUUGCUCAGUUUACAUAAAAUUCACUCAUUAGAUUUCCUAUAAACUUGCAUACAGCUUCCUAUAACUGAUCAUCACCAUUUGAAACUUAUUUGACCAAAUUUUAACAGAUGGGUUUUUAGAUAAUCAGUUAUAUAAUAUAUAAUGUAAUUAUUAAAACUAAUAAAAUUAAUAAAUAACAUUAAAACCACUUAGUGCAGACAUCAAUUACAUUCACGCCUUUAAACAAAUUGACAAUUCCAGAUAAGCUGUUUUCUUGCAUUUUAAUCACUCAACAAGCCACAAAUCCAUCUGUCAUCAGUCUGAAAGGUACAAUGACUGUGUUCUGUUAUGUUCUAUUUUUGUUUUUUAAGUACAGUAUGUUUUGUUUAUGAAUGAAGGUCAAGAUCUACAUUAAAAAGGAUGUAUUUUUGUUAAAAUUUGAACACUUACUCAUAAUCACAUAAUACCCCGGCCAAUUAAGCAUAAUUUGAUGCCACUUUCGAUAUCUCGAACUCCCAAUUUCUGAAACCAAUUUGCGUUUCCGCUGGAGGUUCGAGAAAUCAGGAUUCCACUGUAUGAUAAAAAUAAAAUAAUAUUCUGCCAAAAACACAACAUUUUAAGGGGUAGAUUUUGAGAAAUCGUCUUCUGUGUACCACUGCUUUUUUUGUUGCCAUGUUUGUUUGUCUAAUUUAACCCAUUCGCCCCUAAGCCGCCUGUAACCGCCCAUGCCAAUCCACGUCUUUUCUACUGCUUGUGAGAUCAUCAGUUUUAACGGUCAAGGGCAACUUUGUCCGCUAACACCACUAAAAUGAAGCCUACUAAAUGCCCAGCAAGAGAAAAAAAAAUGAGGCAAGAAAAGCGAAAAAAGAGGGGAGGAGAGAAAGCAAAAAGUAAAAUCUCAAAAUUUUGCUUUCUGCGCCUGCCCGAACUACGCAAGCUAAUAUUUUGCAUCUGGAUCAGAAGGCCGUGAAGUGUAUGACCUGUAAACGAUUUUGUGGUAAGUUUUACCUCUUUAUAACAUGACAGUGACCAGAAAACCACUCGACUAGCUUCAAAACGUGUUUUUCAGCAAAAUCUCCCUGGGAGCGAAUGGGUUAAGCAAAGUACUAAGCUUUUUGAGAAAAAUCCGCUUUUCAGCAUAAAACAACCAAAUCUGUCUAUUUAAUGUAAAAUCAGGUGAAAAAGUCGGUAAAAAGUGAUUUUUAGGUUUUUUGAUUAAAACACAUGCCGUCACGCGAGUUACUGUUGACCACCCACAAAACUGUGUUCAGCCACCUUUACAGCUCUGAAUUGAGUUUGUAACCCCAAGUCAUUAAAUUGAAAUUUGUUGUAAAUGUACAUGAAGGUCUCAUACAAGUAAAUAAGAUUAAAAGAAUGACAUCUUUACUGAAAAAAGUCCUCACUGAAAUACAUAUAAAAUUCUAAAGUGGCAGAUUGUUUCACCAAAAGGUCCUCAUUAUCUAUAGAACAAUGUGACAUUACAUUGACAUUGUGAUACACUUGGACACUUAAGUAUUUGCUAUUUAUUAAAAGACUGCAUGGUGAUAUUCUGAUAAAAUUUUGCAUCAACAACCUUUCUCUUGGGAAAGAAUUGCACACAGAGACAUCAUUAAGUACAGCCAGCAUUAGUUCUUCUAGUGUACAUUCUGUACUUUUAUUGUUUUAAUUGGACAACAAAACAACAAGUGAGUGGGUACAAAGGUAUAUUGAUUUCUGUGACAUAUUAACUUGAAAUUCACCUUGUCAUGAAUUAUCCCCCCACCCAUUGCCCUCCUUCAAAACAAGGUGCUACUUACUACUGCUACUGUUCUUAUAUAUCAGAUGAUAAUAAGGUAUACAGUUGGGGCAACAGUAACAGUGGCCAGCUAGGCACAGGGGACACAGAGACAUGUGCACAUCCUCGCCCAGUUCACCUGGGUGUGUCUUUAGGUACCAAACUGAAGGGAAUCACAUGUGGAACACGACACAGCUUUGUAUGGACACAAGAUGGAGACUGUUUCAGUUUUGGCAAUAACUACAGUGGACAAUUAGGAUAUGAUUUCCGGAAACCUGACUUCAAGGAAAAUCAGGUCUUAAGUUUCUUGUUAUCUAAUUCCAUUCUCCUAACUACUGACUCUAUUAUCACAACUUAUAUAAUGCAUAGAACUCACGUAUGUGACCUUGGAAUCUGCCUUGAAAAAAUAUCUAUUUGGCAGGCUGUUAAGCAUUAAAUUUUGUUUGAAACAUUCCUUUCUUUACACUUACGUCUACUAAUAUUAAAGUUGUUUUUAAUUAUGGCUUGUUAUUAUAACUUAUUAUUCCAUACUAUUGUAUGGCUACAAUAGUACGCACACUCUGAUUGGCUGCUAAGUGGGCAUUAUUGUCUUUGUAAUGACUGGGCAUUACUAGCUUAAGGUGUCCAAGGCAUAUACAAUCUGUGUUUAACUUGAUAGUGGACAUCCUUGUUAUGGUAAACUGACAGCUGUCAAAAAGGGUAAGCGCUGACCAGUGUCACAUGACUGUAUCACAGGCUCAAGUAUACAUCUCCUUCAGAUGAUGUGUUUUUUUAGAGCUAUCCACUAGCAAGUUACCGGUGUUGAUUUUUAAUUGAUCACAGGCUCAGGUCCAUAAUGAAAAGGCGGUAUGACAAAUAAAUUAUUAAUCUCGUCCAUUCGGUCAUAUUUACAGGGAAAUCUCAGACCUCAGCCUUGAUGUUUUGACCUCGGUAUCACUCAGUCAAUACAUCAAGGCCUUGGUCUGAGAUUUGCCUGUAAUGACCUCACUCGCGGUUAAUAAGUGGUAUAUAAUUUUAUUAAAUGGUCAGAUGCAUUAAGUCAGGAAAAAAAUAUUGUCGAAGUUACAAAAAAACAUCAGGGUGUCCAGUUCCUAUUUUUUCCUACUUUUUCCUAUUUUUUGAGCAUAUUCCUAUUUUCUCCUAUUUUUAAACAAAAACCUCCUAUUUUUCCUCUUUUUUAGUUAGUGAAGCCAAAAUUGAAAAUGGGAUUAUAGUUGUAUUGUGUUUUAAAGUGAGCUUUAUCAUAAAGCAAGUAGUAUGUUGAGUUUGGUGUUCUAAUAUUAGCAAAAAUAAUAUUAGUUACAUUACAUUUGCUCUUUCCAUGACCUCUAUUGCCCAUUAGAGUUCUGGUUCUGGUUAUAAUUAUUGUUACUUUUUGUAUAAUUUUCUAGUGCACCUACAUGUACAUGUAUUGUAUGAAAUGUUAUAGUUCUCAUGAUUAUUGAAUAAUAUUGUACAUAGCCCACUGAAACUGCAUUGUGUAGUUCCAGAAAAUAUCCAGACCCCCACCACGGAGGGAAUUGGAAAUUCCAGGGGGGUGGGGGGGUCAGAGGCCCAGGAAAUUCCAGAAGGGAGUGGGGCUGGACCAUAAAAUCACUUUCCCGGGGGUCAAUAUCAUUUCGUUUUCGACCUGAGUUCGAACAUUGCUUGUUACCGACCUGGUAGAUCAUUUUUAGGACAUAAAUAACUUGAAAUAUAUCACUUAAGAUUGUUUCUUUUGAUCUUAACCAGGUUUCCUUUCUUCCAAAAGCGUUUUGGAUGUAGUUUCAAAGGAAUUAGACCGACUACAACUCGUUUUAUCGCAUUCUCGUAUUCGGCCGCCAUUAUUACUCGUUACCAGUCUCCCUCAAAACAUCAACGCGUGCAACACAUCACGUUGCGUCAGUCGAUCGAUCAGUAGAGUGGGAAUUUUGCCUCAAGAAGCACAAGCUAUACAUUGUAACCAUUUUAAAAUGUAGAGUUUUUAUUGUCCUUUUUAUUUUCCCUUAAUUUUGUGGUUGAGGUGUGGCAUGUUUAAGAUCGAAUCCUCGCUGAAAUGGUGUGGAUUUCACCAAACAUGUAUACGGCCAUCGCGCAUCAUGUCGCAUCAGUCGAUCGAAAAACAGUAAAUUGAACUUGGUUUCCCUUCAAGAUGCAGGGGGUAUUCAUUGUUAUCAUUUCAGAGUUCAGAGUUUUUAUUCUUCUCUUUGUUUUGCAUUAAUUUUGUGGUCGUAAGUUAGACUUGUUCUGCAUUCCCCCGCGAAAUGGCGUUAAUUCACGAAUCUAUCAACAUUACGCCCAUGAAGACGAAUAACAAAUCGUAAGCUUGCCCUGAUUAAGGUAAAUUCACAAAUAUAACGGGCUUAUUAACUUUCUCUGUUUCAUUUAACGUAAGAGAUGAGCAAAAAUUGCGGAUCAGGUUACUUUGUGGUGGUGUAGUGUGUUUUAAUGUUGUGAGAUCACUCAAAUAAAUGGAAACAGAAGCGUACAAGCUUCUGAUGGAAACCAUUGCGUACUAACCAUAAAUGGCCUCAUUCUUCUACUUUAAUAGUCUUUCUUCGUGAAAAUGAACUUUUCCAGAGGGGUUGGGGGGUCUUUGUCACACUUGUGGAAAUUCCGAGGGGGUGGGGGGUCAUCAGUUCCCUGCAAAAAUGGAAAAUCCAGGGAGGUGGGGGGGUCCUAAGNUAUACGGCCAUCGCGCAUCAUGUCGCAUCAGUCGAUCGAAAAACAGUAAAUUGAACUUGGUUUCCCUUCAAGAUGCAGGGGGUAUUCAUUGUUAUCAUUUCAGAGUUCAGAGUUUUUAUUCUUCUCUUUGUUUUGCAUUAAUUUUGUGGUCGUAAGUUAGACUUGUUCUGCAUUCCCCCGCGAAAUGGCGUUAAUUCACGAAUCUAUCAACAUUACGCCCAUGAAGACGAAUAACAAAUCGUAAGCUUGCCCUGAUUAAGGUAAAUUCACAAAUAUAACGGGCUUAUUAACUUUCUCUGUUUCAUUUAACGUAAGAGAUGAGCAAAAAUUGCGGAUCAGGUUACUUUGUGGUGGUGUAGUGUGUUUUAAUGUUGUGAGAUCACUCAAAUAAAUGGAAACAGAAGCGUACAAGCUUCUGAUGGAAACCAUUGCGUACUAACCAUAAAUGGCCUCAUUCUUCUACUUUAAUAGUCUUUCUUCGUGAAAAUGAACUUUUCCAGAGGGGUUGGGGGGUCUUUGUCACACUUGUGGAAAUUCCGAGGGGGUGGGGGGUCAUCAGUUCCCUGCAAAAAUGGAAAAUCCAGGGAGGUGGGGGGGUCCUAAGUGAAAUUCCCUCCGUGGUGGGGGUCUGGAUAUUUUCUGGAACUACACAUUUCAGUCUCUGAACACUUCAUGAUGUAAUUAUUUUGAAGUCUUGCUCCCUUUUCUGUUCAUCUUUGAAACUGAAAAGAUGAUCAAGUUGCCCUUUAACAACACAGAUCAGAUAAAUCAUCCAAUCAGCUUCUUGGUUAAAGAACCAAUCACCAGCUGGAUUCUGUAUGCUACACGAAAAGAACAGACUCAAGUUUAGUUUACGGCACUAGCUCUCUUGGUGAGCUCUUGUUCUCAGCUAUUCCUAAGCAACUGGCAAAGAAUCCAAUAUUUUGGUUCCGAAACUGUUCUUGCAAUCAUAGCUAAGCAGAGUGUUACGUUCCUCUUAGAACUUAACCAUAACACACUUACAAUCUGGUACCAAACAGAUCCGUGUCAUUUUGCAUACACCGCGGAAAGCUUGGUUUGGUAUUUAAAACGAUUCGGUCUUUUAACUCAAUCAAUCAUAUCCUCAACCAGCUACCGAUUGUAGAUUAAUGGAACGAAAGCUUUCCAUGGGACUUUUUAGUUCAAUAUCCUUUAAUGACAAUGGUAUCGUAAGAAAUUUCUAUCCUAAGAAAUUUCACUCCUUGAAGCUUUUCAGAGAUUUGCCGCCAACUUGAAGGGAAUUGUCAUAUGAUCACCUUUGAACAACCGCGCUGGACCUGUAGUCAAGAAUGUCAUUCUGAUUACAGCAUAACUGAGCCAAAAAACUAACGUUACUGAUCUUUGUCACUCCUUCUAAGUCGUGAAAGUUGGUUUGAAUCCUGCAAACGUAAAGGCUAAGGACUCGUGGCCUUUAUUAUAGCCCUGAUGGGGAGCAGGGAGGCUAUCUAUGUCGACGAAAGUACUAUUGAUUUUCCUAUUUUUCCCCUGUUUUUUAAUACAAAUUAAAUUUCCUAUUUUCCUAUUUUUUUGAGCAACCAUGCCGCUGGACACCCUGAAACAUUGAUUAAAUGCAUAUGUCUUGUGUGCUAUAAGCCCUUUCAAAAACUUGCAUAUAUAAGGCUUUUCAUUUUAAUAUCAUUAACUUAUAUUGAUUUUACAAGUGUUUUGUUUUCACAUCUGUAGCUACGACCAGUUUUUGUGGAUACUCUGUUACGUCGUCCAGUAUCUCAAGUUGCCUGUGGUUCACGUCAUUCCAUCUUUUUGUUCACAAGUGGUCAAGUGGCAGCUGUUGGUGUUAACAACAGAGGUCAGAUUGGCUGUGGUGAUACAGUUGAUGUUGUGUGUGCUAAGACAAUCCCAGAAAUACCACCAGUCUCCGUGAUUGCAUGUGGUAACAGUCAUACUCUUGCUGCUGAUGGUAUGUUUCUUCAACGUGAAUUUGUAAGAGGUUAUUUUGUCAUUUACAAUCCUUUCUGUUUUUGCUUUUUAGGUGAUGACCAUUCCUUUUGUAAAGUUUAGUUCACCAACCUUGGAACCUUACUGCAGUCAUUAUCAAAAAAUGUUUUUAAAAAAAUACAAAUGAAAAAGCAGCUCUGGAACCAAUAUUGAAAGGUUUUUUUAACUUUCAAAUAAGAGAUUUUAUUGUUCAUUUAUUUUAUAUAUCCACAUGUAUGUCCCCUCUACUUACUAUGGUCAUUUGCUACAAAAAAAAAUAAAAAUACAGGAGACAAAAUAAAUUACCAGAAAAAAAUACUAGUGAGGAGACCUAAAAGGAACUAGAAAGCUAGAGGUGCUCAAAUAGAACCAUUACCUUACUGAAGUCACUGAAAAAGUGAAGUAUUUCCAGAGAACUGUGAUAAUAAUUCAGUCCCUGUUAAAUAAAAUGGGAUAUUUUUGGCCUUGCUGAAACAAUAAGAUGCAGUACCAUGGUAAUAGCAAUAACCAAAAUGAGUGAUCCCUUUAGAUACAAAGCUUUGUUUUUUCAAAAAUGAAGGGCUGCCAUUAAGAGGUGGGGACUGGGGAUUUCCUCCGGCUUCUAUGAACAUGGUCCCCGGCUACUUUCAAAGGAAAAUAGAAGAAACAUAGAAUCAAAAGAAACCCCUUGCUGUUUGAUUGAUCUUGCCUACUGGUUGUAUUUACCUGGCAACUUGAAAACUUAGUGACAAUCCUGAGAAUGUGAACUCGAUGGAACAUUAUCUUGGAAUGACUUUUGACUUAACUCCAACAUUUAUAGAUGAUCCAACCUUUGUUUAGAUGCAGUGAGUAGAUGUGCGUUGUUUGUCUAAUUUCUCUUUAUUGGUAGUAUAUGGACAUGUGUAUGCCUGGGGUUAUGGUAAAGCAUGUGGAUUCAAGACCGAUGUCUUGUCACCAUUAUGUGUGUAUUCAUGCACAAAACAUGAUAAACUAUUAGACAUGGCUGGUGGAGACUCUCACUCAUUGAUUCUUCUUUCAAGUGGAACAAUUUAUUCCUGGGGUAAUAAUUUUGAGGUAAUGUUGAUGGAAAAUGUACUAGUUAUAGCACUUUAUAAUUUCUGCUGGACUUGAAUCAAAGUAAAAAAUAAUAUUAAAUACACAUCAAGAAAGAACACAGCCAGUUUUUACUUUUACUACAUAAGCAAAAAUUGUUGCCUCAAAUCGUUUACAUACAUUCAAAACAAAUCUCCAAAUAGAUCACUUCAUGUUUUUUUUUCAAAACCACUGAAAAGAGCGCCUAACAUUAGUAAAGUUGCCAAGUUUGAAAGUGGUAUGUCUAAAGCAAGCGAAGGUGUAGCUCCAAUAAGUCAGUUAUGAAAAUAAAUUUACAGACUUGAUGUAUGGUGGGGAGCAAGUUGUUGCCCCCCCCACCGUUCAAACUUCCACAAAUUUUGUGACUUUUUUUGUGGAGAUUUAUGCCUUCGUUCCUUUUCGACAAAUCUCUCUCAAACUUGGUACUUUUUCCUAUUUUAAGGCAGCGGUGGUGGCUGACUUUCAAUACCUUUUCCAUGUCAAAAGUUAAGAAAAUCGGAUAAAAAAAAAAAGAUUUCUGCUGAGAAAAGUUUUGUAAUAGUGAAUUCCUUAAUUGCUCUGCGCCGUUACAGCUCAUUUAGUUUCUUCAAACAUGAUGACAGUGGUAUAUUGUUUGAGUUUUUGUGAGAAGAAGCAGUUUGUUUCACAAAGAACAACAAUAUAAAUUUGUUGUGGCCAUAUUGAACAUCAGUGUCAUAACGCUGCACAUUUAUUAUAGGGCUUUUUCGAAGAGUGUACAAUAACACUGGAAUCGUAACUAAAUAAUUGUUCAUCGGUGUAGGGUCAACUUGGACAAGGAAAGUCUGUGAAGUUUGUUAGUCACCCAAGAGAAUUGUGCUUCAACCUUCUUCCAGGAAAAGUUACCAAUGUAUCUGUUGGAGAAAACACUUGUGCUGCAGUAACUGGUAAGUUAGCAGUUACAAAAAUACGGCAGCUGCGGUACAAUACUUAAUAAUAUUAUUUCUUUUCAGAAUCAGAAAGGUAACCACAGAAAACGAUUUGAUUGACACAUGUGCUUGGAGCGGUAAACAUUUCAUGCGCAAAAGUUAGAUCUUUACAAAAUAAUUCAAACAUGGCAAAUGAUAGCUAACAAAUCAGAUUGCUUAAAACACAACGAUCACUGUACUAAAGUUUUUUUUGUCCCCUGUGUCGGGAUGCUUUCGGUGUCGGCCACAUAAAAAAUCACUGAGUGUGUAUGAUUAUAUGAAACAGGUUACUACCAUCUGAGACUCUAUUACCUCUGUUUGAAGAAGUCUGUAACUUAAAGCGACACUUUGUGAUCACUUACAACUUAUUCGUUUCAUUACAGAUGAUGGCAAGUUAUAUAUGUGGGGUAAAAACUCUAAUAAUGUGAUCCGAGAUGAUGAAAAUGGCAGGUUUUUUCAGUUUGAACCUCACCUGGUUUCUCUAGGAGUGUGGAAGGCAUUGAAGGUAAGUUGUACUAUUUUUUAGUCAAACAGCACUUUAGAAUGCUAAAUACUGGGUAGCCCUGGUCAACAGUAUCCACAUACGAAUUCUCCAGACUGAUCUCCAUACAUUGCUAGCUGGAAAAUGUUAAUGUUGAUCACUCUUGGGAGUUAAAUGAUUAAAAUUAUUAGUACCGAGGUUUCUUUCGAAGGAAGUAUUGGAGUUUUUGUUUUUGCGGUUUAACAAUCACGCUGCCAACCAGAAGCGCGUUGGUUCUUGAAACAAAAGAUUCUUUUGUUUCACUCGUUACGAAUUGAAAUAACAGACACAUCGUUUGUAAACGAUGAUGUCUCCUAUAGGAUAAUAUCGUUUCUUGUUUUCUGUUUUACCGUUUUUCAGUUAUUCUUUCUUUGGUGAAGUUUGGCAUGUUGCUCGUGAAAUUUCGCACAAUUUCUGCAAUGUUUUGACGUCUAAAUACAAAAUUAUUUCGAAAAUCUUAAGUGGGGUUUGUGAAUUUGAUCCCUUUUUAUCGUUGAGGUCUUCGAAUUUUUUUGUUUGGAUUUUCUGUGGGUUUUUGGUGUACGUUAGUCAGCCCAAUGUCCCAUCUCUUCCCCAAGUGCACGAGUUGCGAUCAAGAGUGAUUGCGGUUGUUACAUGUCUACACUCACGACCUGUCCUCGAUGUUAUGUAAAGUGUGGAUUGUGACUUUCAAAUCUUGUUUUUUACGCUGCUUUAAACUAGGUGUCUUGUGGCUCUUGGCAUGUUGCUUGUGUGGUAUUUGCUGCUCAAAAACACCAAAUAAAUGAGGCUGACCAAGAAAUAUCUGAAACUGCUAAAAUUAUUGCCAACUGUGAAUUGGAUACCGACCUUGAAUCUAGCGUAUGCAGCAGCGUAUGUGAGACUAAUGGUAAGCAGCUCUUGGAAGAAGAAGAGUUUGCAACAGCAUCUGCAAGUGAUCCACCCAGGGAAGAAGGCUUUCCAAUCAACUUUAACAAAGAAGAAGAAAACGUUUUCGCAAAUAACUUAAUUGUAGGGGAAGAAAAUGAAGCAGAAGAUGCAUCAUUGGAACCUUUUGAUUCUAGCAAAGAUUACUGUGUAGAAACACAACACCACAGAGAAACGGAUGAUAAUUCAGCUGCUGAAGAGUUUAAUAGUAAAGCUGAUGCUGAUGUUGAUACUAAAACUGAGAUUAUUGGUGAUGUUACACGUAAGACCUCCACGACUGGGGUCAACAAUACAACAAUAAACUUAAGCUUUGAAGAAAAACCUACGAACCUCUUAAAGGAAAGAACGCAUUCUGAUACAAGUAAAGAAAUCAAAGAAAAAUCUGUAGUUCUUUUAAAGCAAAGGACGUAUUCUGAUACAAAUGAAGAAAUUAAAAAAAAACCUGUGGUUCAUUCAGAGGAUAGAAAUUACUCUGGUAGAAAUGAAGGAAUCAGUGAAGAAAAACCAAGUGUUAUUGAUACCUUGCUUAAAGCUGUAGAGGAUGACACAGAAAGACCAGCUUUUAUCGACAAAAUUCCUAGGGAGAACUCUGGAGAUGAACCGGGCCCAUCUAAAGAACAAAAACGUCCAAAUGUUAACCUGAAUCAACUAGCUAACAAGCAAGAACAUUGUGUUCCUAAAGAAGAAAAAGUCGCUAUUGAACGACAACCAAAUGCUGGUCUGUUUACUAGAACGAGAGCUUUGUCCGAGCAAGCUAGCAAUAAAGGCUAUCUUGGUGGAUCUCUUGACAGUAUAACAGUCUUAAAUCAACAAGACAGUAAAGGAAGAGCUUCCAGGUCUAGUCGUGUUUCGUACAGCCCUCCCGCUAACCCACGCAACUCAGUAGGACAUUUAACCAGAGAGAAAAGAGCUCCCAGAAUGUUACGUCAGGCAUCAUUUGAUAUGGUAUGUCACGUUCCUAUCUUAUCACCAAUGUGAUCCCCACUAAAAGAACAUGUAAACAUGAGAAAGGAAGAAAGGGAGCGAGCGAGCGAGCAAGCACGCACGUGCACGCCCGCAUAUGGUGGGCCUAGCCGAAUUAACUUGAAUAACAAAAAUACAGCCAGAAGGUAGCCUAUUUGUCGUGUGCUGGAACCUGACCCACUCUCUCAGGAUGCCGACAUGGAAUUUCCUUUGAGGCCUCUGUACUCAUUCGUUGAAAAGAUAAUUUUCAUUUUUUGUUGUGCAAUCAAUGGAUUGACUCUUAUUUUCCCUGAAAUAACAAUAUAAACGUUUUUUGUAGAUGUUGCCGUUAUUAUCACCGAAAACAUGACAUAGUGUCUCAAAAGAAUAUUCCAUGACACCAAGAACCAGACAGUCUAGUCAGAUUUCCCUAUCGCAUGAACCACUUUUAUUGUAACUUAUAUUUAGGUACGUACUCUCUUAUCUUCACAUAGGAAUACCAGUUACCUAACCAGCCUGUGCACACUGUGGAUAUUGGUAUGUCACCCUCUGUCCUUCGUCAAGGAUAU